GAGAAAGAGAGAAACAAGAGCAGCAUCCACCCAGGCCCACGCCAACUAUACAUCACCUCUAACCUCCCCUCCUCUUCUUAUUCCCACUCCCUCUCGCCUCCCCACAGACCCCCCCUCCCUCUCCUCCCUCCCUCCCCGUGGUGGAACCAACGCCCAGCGCGCGCGCGCGCGCACGAGACCCCCACCGCGUAUGGAAGUUGCUGCGGCGAAGCAACUCCUCCCCAUGGCGCGGGGCCCCAACUCACCGUCCUCGUCCACCUCCUCCUCCUCCCCGUCCUCCGCCGCCUCCCCGUCGCCGCGCCAGCCGCAGUCCCAGCCCGUGCCGCCGUCGCCCAGGCCCGUGCCGCGCAUCAUCGACACCACGCCGUUCCCGACCACCUUCGUGCAGGCCGACACCGCCAACUUCAAGCAGGUCGUGCAGAGGCUCACCGGCUCCGACACGCCGUCGUCGGCCCAGAACAAGCCCGCCAAGAGCCACCACCACCACCACCACAACCACGGAGGCGCCAGCGGCCUCGCCGGAGGGCCCAAGAAGCCGGCCUUCAAGCUCUACGAGCGCCGGAUCGGCAAGAACAACCUCAAGAUGAUCGCGCCGCUGGCGAUGGCGGCCGCCGCGGCCGCGGGGGCGUCGCCGCGGAAGGCGGGCCCCGAGGUGCUGUCGCCCAGCGUGCUCGACUUCCCGUCCCUGGCGCUCGGGAGCCCCGUCACGCCGCUGGUGUCGGACCCCUUCAACCGGUCGCCGGCGUCCGCGUCGCCGGGCGAGGAGGAGGAUGCCGCCGAGCGCGCGGCCAUCGCGCGGAAGGGCUUCUUCCUGCACCCGUCCCCGAGGGGCGCCGAGCGGCCCCGGCUGCUGCCGCUGUUCCCCGUCACGUCCCCCAGGAUGGCGCCCUCCGCCGCCGCCGCCGCGGCGCCGUCGUCGCAGUGACCGGGCACCGCGCUGCCGGAGAAUUCCUAGUACCCGCGUGAGAUACUUGUUGUUUAACUACUCCUUGCAUGAUGUAAUUUUUGCUCAUAGUCCUGAACCGAUCGCGAAGAAACGGAAAGAAUCAUCACACUCUUGAGCUUCUCA